AUGAGCAUCCCAAAUUCAAUUACUCCUGAUUUCUAUGAGCAUGUGUGCCCAGAUGCUUUGCCCACGAUCAGAGGCGUUGUUGAGCAAGCAAUUCAGCAGGAGCCACGCAUGGGUGCGUCGCUGCUUCGCUUACAUUUUCACGAUUGUUUUGUCAACGGUUGUGACGGAUCAAAUCUAUUAGAUGAUACCCCAACUUUCACAGGAGAAAAAACAGCCGGUCCCAAUCUUAAUUCCCUGAGAGGAUUUGAUGUGGUCGACCAAAUCAAAUCAGAGUUGAACUCAGUAUGCCAUGGCAACGUAGUCUCGUGUGCUGAUAUCGUCGCAGUUGCAGCUAGGGACUCCGUAAACAUUUUUGGAGGUCCAGCCUACCAAGUUUUACUAGGCAGAAGAGAUGCAACAACCGCCAGCUUCAACGAUGCUAAUAACGAUAUCCCCCCUCCAUCUUCGAACCUCCAAGCCCUUUUGUCCAAUUUCCAAAAUCAUGGGCUGAAUUUACAAGAUCUGGUGGUCCUGUCCGGUGGCCAUACCAUCGGUGUUGCACGGUGCGGUAUCUACCUGCCCAGGAUAACCAAUGACACAAAUAUCGAUUCUGAUUUUAGAGCCUCAUUGCAGAAGGGAUGCCCUAAUGCUGAAGCUCAAAAUAAUAAUACCAACCCUCUUGACUCCACUACAACAUUAUUUGACACUGUCUACUUCAAGGAUUUGUUGCAAUUUAAAGGUCUUCUUCACUCUGAUCAAGAGCUCUUUAAAAAUGAUGGAAGUGAAACGGAUGGCCUAGUGACACUCUACAGUAACAACCCCGAGGCAUUUUGGGCUGAUUUUGGCGCCUCUAUGAUCAAGAUGGGCAAUUUGAAGCCACUCACUGGCCAAAAUGGUCAGAUCAGGCAGAAUUGCAGAAGGGUCAACUAA